AGAGAAAGAGCGCAUACAGAGUGCGCAUUCACAGGCAUAUGGAGGAUCCAUUAGACACUUUAUUCUAAAAAAGAAGAAAAGAAAUUAUUGCCAUUUUUGCUAUUUUUUUAAAGUCUCUCUUUUUUUUGGUCUUUGAACGGGGAUUUAGAUCUUUUUUUUUUUUUUUUUUGGUGAGAGAAAGCGCCAAAAAAAAUGGGAGACCCGGAGUGGAGCGUACUGCUGGCGGUCCUGUGCGUCUCUUUGGCCAGCCUUCCUGCUGUCAUCCAGGGAAAGACGAUCAAAUACGAGACCUUUGAGGAAGACGCCGUGGGCACCGUGAUCGGAAACUUAGCCACAGACAUCUCAUCCUUUUCUUCUUCUUCUUCUUCUUCUUCCGGAGUUGGACGGAAUAAUAAUUUCAGGAUGAUGAAACAGUUCAACUCGUCCUUUAUUCGUCUCCGAGAGAGCGACGGCCAAUUGAGCAUCGGGGAGAAGAUGGACAGGGAGCGCAUCUGCAAACACGCGUCGCACUGUCUCAUUGCGUUCGACGUGGUCAGCUUCUCCAAAGAGCAGUUCAAACUCGUGCACGUCGAGGUGGAGGUCAAGGACAUCAACGACAACUCGCCGGCGUUUCCCCGCAGGGAGUCGAGUCUGGAGAUCUCCGAAAACACCGCGGUCGGGACGCGCAUGCCGCUCGACUUCGCCGUGGACGAGGACGUGGGAGUCAACUACAUCCAGAGCUACCAGAUCUCCGUGAACAGCCACUUCACGAUCGACGUGCUCAGCAGGGCCGACGGGGUUAAAUAUGCGGAGCUGGUGCUCAUGAAGGAGCUGGACCGGGAGACGCAGCCGUCUUACGCGCUCGAGCUGCUGGCCAUGGACGGAGGGAGCCCGUCCCGCACGGGAACCACGCGCAUCAACGUCAAAGUGAGAGACUUUAACGACAACAGCCCGGCGUUUGACCGCAGCAGCGUCUCCGUGGACCUGCCCGAGGACGCGGCGGUGGGCACUCUUCUGGUGGACCUGAACGCGGAAGAUCCGGACGAGGGUCUGAACGGCGAAGUGGUGUACGGCUUCGGGAACCAGGUGCCGUCGGAGAUCAGACAACUUUUCCGAGUGGACAGGAGGACGGGGAGGCUCACGCUGGAGAGCCCGGUUGACUUCGAGGGCAAGAACACGUACGAGUUCGACGUCGAGGCCAAGGACCUGGGCGCGAACCCGAGCCCCGCCAUUUGCAAAAUAGUGGUGCAGGUGCGAGACGUGAACGACAACGCACCUGAGAUCUCCAUCACCCCCAUGACGUCCAUCACCGCCGGGAUCGCCUACAUCACCGAGGCAGCGGCCAGGGAGAGUUUCGUGGGGCUGGUCAGCACCUCGGACAGAGACUCCGGCGCGAACGGCCAGGUGCGCUGCACUCUGUACGGACACGAUCAUUUCAAACUGCAGCAGGCGUACGAGGACAGCUUCAUGAUCGUCAGCACGAGCUCGCUGGACCGGGAAAAGAUCCCGGAGUAUAACCUGACGGUGGUGGCGGAGGACCUGGGCUCCCCGCCCUUCAGGACUAUCAAGCAGUACACCAUCAGACUCAUAGACGAGAACGACAACGCGCCCGUGUUCAGCAAGCCCGUCUAUGAAGUGGCCGUGGUGGAGAACAACGCUCUCGGAGCCUACGUCACCACGGUGGUGGCGCGGGACUCGGACGCCGGGUCAAACGGCAAAGUCAGUUACGAACUGGCGGACACCUACUUCAUGGGCUCCCCCAUCUCGUCCUUCGUGUCCCUCGACCCGGCCAGCGGGUCUCUGUACGCACUGAGGAGCUUCAAUUACGAGGUAAUGAAGCAGCUGGAGCUGCGCGUCACGGCCAGCGACGGCGGCGCCGGCGGUUCCCCGCCGCUGUCCGGCAGCGCCAACGUCUACAUCAGGAUACUGGACGUGAACGAUAACGCACCGUCCGUCGUUCAGCCGGUUCUCAAUAACGGUUCGGCCGAGAUCCUCCUGUCCCGGGACGCCACGGCCGGCACGGUUGUCACGCGCGUGGAGGCACGGGACGUGGACGAAGGCGUGAACUCUGAUCUGUCCUACGCGCUGACGUCAACAUCUGACCCCGGCGUGUUCGCCAUAAACAAAGUCACAGGAGAAAUCCACCUGAACCAGGCACUUGGCCAAACGGUGGACGAGACUCUGACCGUCACCGUAACGGUGAGCGACAACGGAAGACCCUCGCUCUCUUCCAGCGCCAUCCUCUACUUCGUAGUCAUCGAGGGCCCCCCGCCCAGCGUCAGGACCGUGUACCAGUCCGGCACCGGCGAGGACGUGGACGUCGAAGCGCAGUGGGACCUGUCCGUAGUUAUCAUCGUGGUCCUGGCCGGAAGCUGUACCCUCCUGCUGCUCGCCAUCAUCCUCAUCGCCACCACCUGCAACCGGCACAAGCAGAGCACCAAGGACGCAGAGGACGGCGACUCGUACGAAGGAAGACGAACCACGCACCUGGGCAGGAGCCACGCGGUGGACAACCCGCUGCUUUCCCUCCAGGGGGCCUCGGAAGCGGGAGGGGUGGGCGUCGACGGGUUCGAUGGACACUCGUCCUACAGCGGCCACGCGGGGGAGUUCUGUUCGGCUCACCCGGGGGGCAGUGACAUGUGCUCAGCCUCGGAGGACGGCAGCGAGGUGCCGUGCGUUUACGACUCCGACAGCAACAGCAACGUCCGCGGCAACAAACAUGAGGAAUACUCCACUCUGCCCGGCUACGGGAAUGUGAAGGAGGCCGUGAGACCCAUCACUAUCUGGAAAGGCAAUUCAUACACCACCAUCUCUGCCAGGGAUCCGGUGUUCAGUGGCAAAGACAGCGGCAAGGGAGACAGUGACUUUAAUGACAGUGACAGUGACGUCAGUGGAGAAACAGGCCUGAAGAGAGACAUGGGGACUGUCCCUGAAGCCAGUGGACAAAAUGCUCUGUGGGCCUGCACCAGUGAAUGUAAGAUCCUCGGACACUCAGACCGCUGCUGGAGCCCGUCAGCAGUGAGAGCCAACGCAGCUCCAUCUCCGGCUCCGGCUCUAACCCUGUCUUCCUUCGGCACCCUCCCAAAGACCGCUUCUUUACCCCGGGAUCCGAGCCGCAGAGAGAACUACUACCAGGCCCACAUACCUAAAACGGUGGGUCUCCAGAGCGUGUACGAGAAGGUGCUUCACCGGGAGUACGACUACGUCAUGGUCACCCCGCCCAGACCGGCGAGGAUGGAAGAGAUCGGUGAGGUCGCCAUCCCCGUUUACACUCCCUCCCCUUCGCGUCGCUCCAACACCGAGGCCUGAAAACGGGUUUCAGACCUGGAAUGGCGGGACUAUGGGGUUUGUUCGCAUACUGUACAUGAGGUCUACAUUUACAAAUUGCAAAUAUAGGCCAAAGACAAUUAUAUAUAUAUAUACAUAUCGGCCCUGGCAAAGAUUGUUGGCACUUUGGCAACCCACUCCCUUUAGGCCACACUAUUGCUAAUUGUCAAAUGCCAAAACUACUUUAAUAUAUACACAAAGGAUAGUUGAGCCACCUUUUUGUAUUUUUACACGCGCCCCACUUCGUGUUCACACUGAGACGUUUUCAACGUGGGCCCCAUGUUGAUGAAUGCCAAGAAGAAAUUGUAAAGCAUAUUUUCCAGUAUUUUAAGUUAUGAUCUAAUGACACACACACACACAGAGUAAUGUAUGGAAUCAUGUUAUGCAUUUAUAUCCAGAAUAUUUGUAAUUUUUGUCUUUGUCUAUUCGGCUGAACACGAUACAUGUAUUAUAAAACCAGAUUUGUACAUAAAAGAGAUUUUAUUUUUUUAUAAAUUAAUAAUAACCGCGCUAAAUACGUGUAAAUACGA